GAGGCGAUACCAACUACCAUUCUCACCUUAGAACUUGCUAGUGAUAGCUGAGACUGAGCUGUGACCGGGACACUCUGUAAGGAUUGGUUGUUUGUCUCAAUCGCCGAAAAUGGCUUGCUCAGCUACCUCAGCAACCGUUCUCACGUCCUCUAUCCCUAGGGCGUUCUCCGCGAAAUCCUUGGCUUCUCCUGUCGCUAAGCCUUUCUCUCAAACACUAACCGUUCCCGAUUCCUUCGCUGGUCUUCGCAAGUCCUUCCAAUCACGCGUUCCUCAUCCCGUCUCAUUGAAUCGGAGCUCUCAUUCUCAAAGGAGUUUCGUUGUCAAAGCCUCAGCUGGUGAACCUCCACUGGUAGGGAAUACAGCACCAGAUUUUGAGGCCGAGGCAGUAUUUGAUCAGGAAUUCAUUAAGGUCAAGCUUUCUGAGUAUAUUGGGAAGAAGUAUGUGGUACUCUUUUUCUACCCAUUGGACUUCACAUUUGUUUGUCCCACAGAAAUUACUGCUUUCAGUGACCGUUAUGCUGAGUUUGAGAAGCUAGACACAGAAAUAUUGGGUAUUUCAGUUGACAGUGUGUUCUCGCACCUUGCAUGGGUCCAGACAGAUAGAAAGUCAGGCGGCCUUGGUGAUUUGAAGUAUCCACUGGUUUCUGAUGUCACCAAAUCAAUUUCAAGUUCUUAUGGAGUUCUGAUCCAUGACCAGGGGAUUGCAUUGAGAGGACUCUUCAUCAUUGACAAAGAAGGAGUCAUCCAGCAUUCCACCAUAAACAAUCUUGCCAUUGGACGGAGUGUUGACGAAACAAUGAGAACCCUCCAGGCCUUGCAAUAUGUGCAAAAAAAUCCAGAUGAAGUUUGUCCUGCUGGGUGGAAGCCUGGGGAGAAGUCCAUGAAGCCAGAUCCUAAGCUCAGCAAGGAUUACUUUGCAGCAAUUUAGAGGAGGGUAAGCAUUAAACAACCUUUACUUUUUUUUAUGUUGGGUUUUUUGAGUUUCUUUUGAGCAUACUUAGCCAUCGGUUGUUCGAACAACUGGGAAUAAGUGUAAUUGACAGGAUUACCCUGUUUUUGUGAAUACAUUAGUGUCAAAAAUCCAUUGUUAUCAGGCUGCAUUUGAAUCUUCA